GCCUGACGUUUAGCUCUUCGCCUCUCGCGGCAUUCGUCGGCGCCAUGUGCCGCUUUGACGCGCACCGGGCCAUGACGUCCUGCAGCAAAGCCCUGCAGUGGGAAUCGGCGGUGGAUGUCCUCACGACGCUGCAGCACGAAGGGCUGCAAGGAGACGCGGUGCUCGUGAGCCGCGCCGUGAGCUGCGCUGAGAAGCGGCGCCGCUGGCGCCAGGCGCUGAGGACGUGGUCGGAGCACGCGCAGCGGGGAUCGUCGCGCGAGUCGGCGGACCCGGCGCCGUGCAACGCGGCCAUCAGCGCUUGUGACAAGGGAGGGCAGUGGCACUUGUCUCUGGAGCUUUUGCAGCAGCUCACAGCUGAAGGCCUGCAGGCGGACGCGGUGUCCUUCUGCGCGGCGCUGGCGGCGCUGCGCUUCGCCUGGCGCCGGGCGCUGGAGCUGCUGCGCCGGAUGCAGGACAGGCGCCUGGAGGGCAACGCGUUCACCUAUAGCGCCGCCAUCAGCGCAUGCGAGAAGGGACAGCGGUGGCAGCUGGCGCUGCACUUUUUGGCGGAGCUCCAAAAGCGGCGCCUGGCGGAUGUGGUGGCCUACGGCGCAGCCAUCAGCGCCUGCGAGAAAGGCCUGCAAUGGGAGUGGGCGCUGUUCCUUCUCUGCGCUGCCGUCUCUUUGGGCGCCACACCCAAAUUGCUAGUGAGCUUCAGCGCCGGCGUGAGCGCCUGCGAGAAGGCCUGCCGCUGGUCCUGGGCCCUGCACCUCCUCUCGGAGCUGCGGCCGCGGCGGAUGGCGCCGGACACCGCGGCGCAGAACGCGGCGCUCAGCGCCUGCCGGGGAGAAAGGUGGCAGAGGACACUUCAGCUGCUGUCUGACAUGAAGGGCUCCAGCAACGUGAUCAGCUUCAAUGCCUCCAUCAGCAGCAUGUGCCGCUGGGCUGAAGCGGUGCAGCUCUUGCGAGAGCUUCUUCAGAGGCUGCGGCCGGACGCCAUCAGCUUCAACGCGGCGUUGGGCGGCGAGUGGCGCAGAUGCGGCACGCUGCUGGGGCAGAUGCGGCGCAGCGCGCUGCGCGCCACCGGCGUCUCCCUGCAGGAGGCCAUCGGCUGCUCGGACUGGGCUGGGGCCUUGCGGCUCCUUCCGGCGGGGGCGGGGUCGGCGGGUUCGCCCGGGGCGGCGGUGCUGGGCGCCGCCGCCAGCGCCGCGGAGCGAGGCAGCCAGUGGCAGUGGUCGCUGCGCCUGGCGCCGCGCGCGGGCUCCUCGGGCUCCGCGGUGGGCUGCAGCGCCGCCAUCAGCUCCUGCGCCGCGCGCCGCGCCUGGCGCCGCUCGCUGCAGCUGCUGCGGCAGCUGCGCGCGGACCAGGACGUGAUCGCCUUCAACGCCUGCGUCAGCGCCUGCCAAGCCUCCUGGCAGGUCUGCUUGAGCCUGCGGGCGGAGAUGCUGGCGCGGCUGCGGGGAACGGUCAUCUCCUACAAUGCCUGCAUCGACGCAUGUCAGAGGGGCACACAAUGGCGCUGGGCCCUGCUCCUGCUGCAGGACAUGGAGGAGAAGCUUCUGGAACCAGUGGCGGUCACCGUGCAGUCUGCCCUCCUCGCGCUGCAAAAGGCCUCUUUGCUGGCCACCGCAGUGCCGCUGCUGGCGCGGCUGACCUUCCCGGCAUCCUUGGAGCCCGAAAGAAGCGCAGUGGAUCGACCCCUGAACCUUUCGGCAGUGCCCGUGGGGGAGACUGCGCCGCCAGUGCAGCAGUUCAAUCCGGAGCAGGGCCUGUCGCAUGCCAUCUCGCUGGCAAUGCGCGAGCAGUACGCUGAAGGCUGCUCCAUCUAUGUGGGAGGGCUAGAGGGAGAGGACGAGAUGUACCCGGAGCAGCUCUACGAGCACUUCAAGGAGUGCGGCGAGGUGAAGCGCGUGUGCAUCAAAAUCGACAAGAUGUCUGGAGAAAGGUUGGGCCACGCCUAUGUGGACUUUGCCGAGGAGUCUCAGGCGGAGGCAGAUCGAAGCAGGACACGUGACAUUGCAGAAAUUAUCAUGAAUUCACCUGAGAACGCCACCAUUGUUGUGGCUUUGUCGUGCAUUCCCGAAUCCACGCCGUGCACAUGUACCUAG